AUGUUUUGUGGGAAAAUUUGUGUGUAUCUCUUCGUUUUUUUUUACUCGAUUAACUUCACCUUACAAGUAACAUCUUUAAAUUAUUACACCGGUGUAGUAGUUGAAUAUCAUCCUAUUGUUGAGGGUAAAAACACCACAGUUAUCGCUGAAGAAAAUGCUAAAAAUUUCAUUAAAUUUUUACAUACAGCAAAGGAAAACCAAGUAGAUAUAAUUGUUUUUCCCGAAAAUGGAUUAUUCAGUGGCCAAUCUCGUCCACCAAUUUACCGUCGAAGUUUUUUUUUACCUCACAGCACAUAUUUACCUGACUACAAAAAAUCUAAAGUUUUGUGUAACGACUCGGCAUCUAGUGUCAUGGAGGUAAGUUGGUAUAAAUUUGGUGCUAAGAAAGAAUCCAAAACGAUUACAAAUGUUAAUUUUCCAUAA